AUGCCUUCCGGGUACAAACAUGGCGACACCCCGAAAAAGGCCAUGGUCCGGGGCACCAUCUCCUACCUCGAGUCCCAGGGCCUGCCCGUCAAUAAGUCGGCCAUCUUCCGACACUUUGAUCUGUCCCGCUCUCAGGGCUACGCCGCGCUGAACAUCCCGGCGUCGAAGCGGAAUGAUCCGGAGUGGGAGGAGACGCGCGGGCGGCCCAGCAAGAUCUCCGAGGACGACCAGCAGAAGAUGGAGAACAUCCUGUGGGACGAGCGCUACGAGACGUCCAACCUGAACUGGAGCGGUCUGGCCAAGGAGGCCGGCGUGCAGAUGGAGUGCAACCCGCGCACGCUGCACCGCACCAUGGGCACCCUCAGCUACCGCCGAUGCCUGGGUUGCGCGCGCUGCUGGGUGCACAAGAAGGCCCGCGAGAAGCGCACCGAGUACGCCCGCCGCAUGCUCGACGCGUACCCGCAGCCGCAGGACUGGCGCCUCGUGCGCUUCAGCGGCGAGCUGCACUUCGGCUUCGGCCUGGACGGCAAGAUGCGCCUGCUCCCCAGGGCCGGCGAGAAGUUCUGCGCGACCUGCGCGCCGCUGCCCGACGCCAACUGGCCGCGCGACGUCAAGAAGGCGCAUGUCUGGGCGGCCGUGGGGUACGGCUUCAAGAGCGAGCUGGUGUUCUACGACGAGACGACGAACCCCAACUGCAUGGGUGUCAUGACCAUGCCCGAGUACCGCGACAAGGUGCUCGACAAGAUGGUCAAGCCGUGGCUCGCCGACCUCGGGCCGCAGGGCUUCAUCCUGGAGGAGGACGCCGACUCGUUCGCGCACGGCAGCGCCAGCAAGGUGAACAUCGCGCAGCAGUGGAAGGAGGACAACGGGCUGCGGUGCUACUUCAACUGCGGCGAGAGCCCGGACCUCAGCCCGCUCGACUCGCUCUGGCCGGCCAAGAAGCAGUGGACGGCCGACGCGCCCAAGGACUGGGAGGACGACACGCUGCGCCAGAUGGUGCGCGACGCCUGGGCCGCCAUCGACCAGGAGCGCGUCAACAUGUGGGUGGACUUUAUGCCGCAGCGCUUGAGGCAGGUCGUCGACACCGAGGGCAGGCUGGUGCCGUGGUGA